CUCUUUUCCUCUGCUUUCCCCUCCUUAUUAUAUGCUUAAUGGGUAGCUGUAGCUGUAGUCGUAGGAGUAGUGAGAGAGAGGGAGGGAGUGAGUUGAUUCACUCAUUUCUGGGUCCUGCUCACAUUGUUGAGUUGAGUUCAGUACUGUUUCUGCUUCCCUGUUUUUUUCUGUGAGAUUUGGGAUCUGGGUUCUGCUUCCUCUUACUACAUCUUCGCUCACCUUUUGAAUCUCUCUUUUGUUGCUGUUCUUUUUUUAAAAAAAAAAAGAAGGAAAGAAAGAAAAAAGACAGUUUCGUAAAGAAAGAAGGGGUUGAUGGCUGGAGGAGGAGGAAAGGCUGAGGAGCCACAACCACAUCCACCAAAGGAGCAGCUUCCCAACAUUUAUUAUUGCAUUACGAGUCCACCUCCAUGGCCGGAAGCUAUCCUACUUGGUUUCCAACAUUACCUUGUGAUGCUUGGAACUACUGUUCUCAUCCCUUCUGCUCUCGUUCCCCAGAUGGGAGGAGGAAAUAAAGAGAAGGCGGAGGUGAUCCAGACACUUCUCUUUGUUGCUGGUCUGAACACGUUGCUCCAGAGUUUGUUUGGCACUCGUUUGCCUGCUGUUAUUGGAGGCUCUUACACCUUUGUCCCAACCACAAUUUCAAUUAUCCUUGCUGGUCGAUUUAGUGAUGAACCAGAUCCUGUUGAGAAAUUUAAGAGGAUUAUGCGUGCAACACAAGGUGCUCUCAUUGUUGCUUCAACUCUCCAGAUUGUUCUAGGCUUCAGUGGCCUUUGGCGUAAUGUCACCAGGUUUUUAAGUCCACUGUCAGCUGUUCCUUUGGUAGCCCUUGUUGGUUUUGGGCUGUAUGAGCUUGGGUUUCCUGGGGUCGCCAAAUGCGUGGAGAUUGGCCUUCCAGAGCUUAUCAUUUUAGUAUUUAUUUCACAGUACAUGCCCCAUUUGAUAAAGUCAGGAAGACAUGUCUUUGAUCGUUUUGCUGUCAUAUUCGCGGUGGUGAUUGUAUGGAUUUAUGCUCAUCUGCUCACAGUGGGUGGUGCUUAUAAUGAUGCACCACCAAGGACACAAGUAACUUGCCGUACUGACCGUGCUGGACUUAUAGAUGGUUCUCCAUGGAUAAGAGUUCCAUAUCCCUUUCAAUGGGGAGCACCUUCAUUUGAUGCUGGUGAAGCUUUUGCCAUGAUGAUGGCUUCCUUUGUUGCUCUUGUAGAGUCCACUGGCGCAUUUAUUGCUGUAUCAAGGUAUGCAAGUGCAACUCCUAUGCCACCUUCUGUUCUUAGCCGUGGUGUUGGCUGGCAGGGAGUCGCCAUUUUGCUUUCUGGGCUGUUUGGAACUGGAAAUGGAUCUUCUGUAUCCGUAGAGAAUGCUGGUCUCUUGGCCUUAACACGAGUUGGCAGCCGAAGGGUUGUCCAGAUAUCUGCAGGAUUCAUGAUUUUCUUCUCUGUUCUUGGAAAAUUUGGGGCAGUCUUUGCUUCAAUUCCAUCACCCAUUAUUGCCGGUUUAUAUUGCCUUUUCUUUGCCUACGUGGGUGCUGGUGGUCUUAGCUUUCUUCAGUUCUGUAAUCUCAACAGCUUCCGAACAAAGUUCAUACUAGGCUUCUCUAUUUUCAUGGGGUUAUCAGUGCCACAGUACUUUAAUGAGUACACUGCAAUUAAGGGCUUUGGUCCAGUCAACACAAGUGGAAGAUGGUUCAACGAUAUUAUAAACGUUCCUUUCUCAUCAGAAGCAUUUGUGGCGGGCUGCGUGGCCUAUUUCCUGGACAACACGAUACAUAAAAAAGAUAGUUCAAUAAGGAAAGACAGGGGUAAGCACUGGUGGGCCAAAUUCAAAUCAUUCAAGGGUGAUACAAGGAGCGAGGAAUUCUAUUCCCUGCCCUUUAAUCUAAACAAAUAUUUUCCGUCCGUGUAAUUCAAUCAGCAUUAAUAAUGAGCUGGUCCUGCUCAAAUGUGUUCUCGAUAGGUCUUUGUGGGAUAAGAAAUUUCAUGCUGUCAUUGUUCCUUUGUUGUGAAUCUUAUCACACGCUAUAUAGCAGUAUAAGAUAGUCUCAUCUUUCAUAGAAUGACUUGAAAUCAUUCAAUUGAAUUUGUUUUCUUUGUAAAAAUCCUACGGAUGAAGUGGGACUUGGAAGUAGCAAUGAAUCAAUUUUUAUUACCUCUA